AUGUCAUAUGUAUACACAAGCCUGCUACUCCUAGCUGAGGUCUGCGAACCAAAGAUGCUGCCAACAUUUUGCACAUUCGCACUCUGUGCAGUUCCACCCUUACGAUCUGCAACUGCCUCGCCGAUCCAUACACAUUAUCCCCACGCCUUUCCAGACACGGCACAAUGGCCAUUGGCCAGAGUCGGGAAAGCACUGGAGCAACAGCUCCCCGGUGAAGAUCUCCAAGCCAUCAUCUCGGAAAUAUCACAGGCAAACAUCGAAGCCACCAUCCGGAAGCUCGCAUCCUUUGGCACGCGCCACACGCUGUCUAGCCAGACUGACCCCGAACGAGGCAUUGGCGCAGCAAGAACAUGGCUGACUGCAAAGUUCCAAGAGGCAGCAGAUGCGAGCGAAGGAAGGAUGACGGUUGAUUGGAAUAGUUUCAUCAAAUAUCCUGGCGACAACGAGCGUAUCAUCUUUCCCGUCAACAUAACGACUGUCGUGGCUACACUGAAAGGAAGCGAGGACCCAGAGCGGCUCUAUGUUACAGGAGGUCAUUAUGAUUCCAGAAACAGUAAUCCCAUUGACUAUCAGGGUGAUGCUCCGGGCGCUGUCGAUGAUGCUUCUGGCGUCGCAGUCUCUCUCGAACUCGCACGCAUCUUUGCUAGGUACAGGCCCAAAGCCUCCAUUGCCUUCACCGCUUUUGCAGGGGAAGAGCAAGGCCUUCUCGGUGCAGAGCACCUGGCCCAAACCUACAAGAACAAUUCAGCCAACGUCGCUGGAAUGAUCAACCUCGACAUGGUAGGCAAUUCAAAGGCCGAAGAUGGUACGUCUGACCCGAAUAACAUCAGACUGUUCUGCCAGGGCACUCCCCUGACCGAGGACGACACAUCCGCCAUCUCUCGUGUCAGCAUUGGCGGCGAAAAUGAUAGCCCCGCGCGGAACUUGGGCCGACACAUCUAUGAAGUCGCCUCCAAUGCCUUCACCGAAAUGACAGUCCGUCUCGUAUACCGUCUCGACCGCUACUCUCGCGGAGGUGACCACCGACCUUUUCUCGAAGCCGGGUACACCGGUGUACGCUUCGUCCAGCCCAACGAAGACUAUACGCAACAGCACCAGAACGUCACUGUGCGCGCUGGCAAGCAAUACGGCGACUUGGUGGAGUGGUUAGACUUUGAGUACAACACGCGCGCUGCAAAGGUCGUUGCAAGUACAAUGUGGAGUCUUGCCAAUGCGCCUGAUAUUCCCCGAAAUGUCGGUAGCAAUGUCACUACUAGCGACAAUUUUAGUCAGUUCAAGUGGGAGGCGCCGGUAGGACUACCGCCCGAGGGGUAUGAGAUUGUGUAUCGUGAGACGAUUGAGCCGCAUUGGACGAGUGUGAUUGAGGUGGGCAAUGUGCAGUGGUACAAUCUGACAAGUGCAACGAUUCACAAAGAUAACGUGAUAUUCGGGGUCAGGAGCGUGGGAGCUGGAGGGUACAGAAGUCCUGCGGUAUUGCCGUUCCCGUUCGGGUGCACAAGGAACUGCUAG